CCGUCAAAACAACACAAAAAAAAUGUCAACCCAAACUGCAAACAACAACAAAUCCAUGAAAACAACAGGAUAGGAUUGAUUUUUGAAGGCAUAUUUAAAUUAUUUAUAUCCUAAUCUGAGACUCAACAAAUCCAACAAAUCAGUCCGUUUGUGAUGACGUACCAGAAAUGUGUUGUAUUCUCUUGUGCGAACAGCACGUCGAAACGCGGCAGUUUGUCUUUCUACAGAUUUCCCAUUGAUCCUGGUUUAUGCGAGAAAUGGGUAGAGUUCUGCAAAUCAGACAAGGUGAACGAUAAGUUGGUCCUGGAAGGCGUUGAAAAGGUGCGAAAAUCCUGGUUUAGUGUAUGCUCCGAUCACUUUGAGAGAACAUGCUUUGUAAACCCGAAGCUCCCAAGCCAGGGGAUCUACAAAGGAAGCAUUCCAACGGUAAUAGCCGGUCAUCCAGUACUAAUAUCGAAUUUCAAAAAGAUCAAUCAGAUUCCUGAAUAUUCGGAGCCUCAUUUCAAACAACGUGUAGAUUCCGAACCGACUACAUCCGCAAAUGUGCUAUCUGCGCAACUAAAUAAAACAAAAGUACCAACUGGGCGACCCAUUCCCGAACCACCGAAGAAUGACGAACAACCGAAAGCCCAAGAGGUUAAUCGAAAUUUUCAUCCUGGCAUACUUGCCUGUGAAUGCGGGCAAACAAACGAAUACCGACCCAAGUUCUUUGCUGAGCGGACACGUGCAGUCGGUCUAGUUCAGCAAUAUAAGACCACCAAGAAGAAACUAUCCGAGACCAGAAGACCGUGCUCCGUUAGAAUGCGUGCCCUCGCCAGGAUCGAUAUUAGUAUUAAGAACAUCAAGGAUAAAAUACGAGCACUUGCUAAUGAAUAUCACACCACGAUCGAACUAGAAUCGAGUGAUGACAAUGAAGAAGAAUUGUGAUUCAGUAACGGUUUUAGAUUCAGUUGAAUGUGAGGGUUAUCCAUAGACAAUCUAUAGGAUUCUCAUAUACUAGUGGUUAUACAUCAGUCUCUCAGUAAAUAAGUUGUGCAUAUGUAGUGAAAUAAACACGUGGUCAUAAAUCUGCCUAAAAUUCUAAAA